UACUUAUACGUGUUAUAUUUGAAUUUGAUCUGCUAUGAUAUUGUGGUUAUCGUGCAACCGACUCUUCUGAGUCAUAUAACAUGGAUAAAGAAAAAAGCCAGAAACUUAAACGUUUGGCUGAGAAACUGGACUCGAAGUUAUCCACAGCUAUUCAGCUGACGCUGGAAAUAGUGCCAAUACACAACAUAUUGCUAGAGGAACUAUCGGAACUCAAACUUGUUCCAGUCGGAAGUUCUCAAGAUGGGUCUAAGGUGAACACCCCCUUCGACGCUGGUGACGUGGAUAUUAUGCUUAUUGAAACGAAGAAGCUUUUAUCAGAAUCGCUGUUUCGCUAUGUUAAAGAUCACCCUGCGUCCCUUUGGUUACCUUGUAAGAACAAAGCACACAAGGAGUAUUUUAAGGACAUAACUUUAAUUGAAGGUCAGUAUGUCCCAGUGACUGCGCUGAGACAUAUCAAAGACAAAUACGAAGAACAAUUAAACGCCGACAUCAACAGGAAAGUACAAAUCGGUGCAUACAUUUCUGAAGAUAGAAUCAAUACCAUUUGGCGAUCGAAAGUGGGUUAUAAAUAUGAAUCGACGCAAGCUGGAGACGACACGGGCAACACAGAAGAAAAAUCUCUUGAAUUCGAGAUAUGUCUGUCCGCAGAAAUUGUUCCUGCUUUUUCGUUUGAAGGAUGGCCAUUUACAGCGAAUGAAUGGAUUAACAGAAAAAGAGAAUGGCCAUCAGAGGAUGUCGUCAAGAAGGUUAUUGACACGGGCUGUCAGAUUAUUGCUAGGCAGCCCUUAGACAACGGAAUAGAUUCAACAAGCAUUCCUGAGUUUAUAGAACGAGAUCUCGAGGCAAAUCAGAAAUACGGCAAUAUUCCUGAUACACAAACAAAUGAAAUCAUAUUAUACGAGCGCAAUGAUCAAAAUAACGCGGACAAAGCUGAAGGCGAUUCACAUGAAGAAAAAGAACAAAUCGGUGCAUACAUUUCUGAAGAUAAAAUCAAUACCAUUGGGCGAUCGAAAGUAGGUUAUAAAUAUGAAUCGACGAAAACUGGAGACGACACGGGCAACAUAGAAGAAAAAUCACUUGAAUUCGAGAGAUGUCUGCCCGCAGACAUUGUUCCUACUGUUUUGUUUGAAGGAUGGCCAUUAACAGCGAAUGAAUGGAUUAACAGAAAAAGAACAUGUCCAUCAGAGGAUGUCGUCAAGAAGGUUAUUGACACGGGCUGUCAGAUUGUUGCUAGGCAGCCCUUAGACAACGGAAUAGAUUCAACAAGCAUUCCUGAGAUUAUAGAACGAGAUCUCGAGGCAAAUAAGAAAUACGGCAAUAUUUCUGAUACACAAACAAAUGAAAUCAUAUUAUACGAGCGCAAUGAUCAAAAUAACGCGGACAAAGCUGAAGGCGAUUCACAUAAAGAAAACGAAAAAGAUGGCUAUUUCCGUUUGUCAUUUUCUCGAGGCGAACUUGUCCUGGUCAAAAGCCUCUCGGAGCUGCAAGUUUUAUGUUGGCGUGUCUUAAAAGCCUACCAGAAAGCUUAUUUAGAGACUCAGCCGCAAGUUUUGACAUCGUAUCACUGGAAAACGGUAUUCUUCUGGGUCGUAGAAGAGACAAAGCCAAGCUUUUGGAACGAGGAAAAUAUAAUGAAUGCUGUUUUGAAAAUGCUUGAUAGGAUGAUUGUUUGCAUCGAAAAACGCUUUCUCCCUUUAUAUUUUGUUCGAACCCAAAACUUAAUAACGUCAAAAAACGAAGAAGCGAUAGAAAAAGCACUCGCAAAGAUUAAAUUUAUACGUGAAAAGCCAAUUGAAAGACUCCGACAGUUUCUUAACAACCCUCCAAAACCGGACAUUGAAAAAUCGGAAAAACAACCUGCGAAACCUCAAAAACCAAUGACAGUUCUGGACGUUCUUAAUGAAAAAUUCAAUGACAACAACGCAGAUUUGUUCAGCGGUCCUGAAAAAGAUGUAAUGGAUCUUUUAAAAGAAACUUUGUCACUUGCCAACUACAGGGGAUCUCUUCAAACCGAUGAACUAAACGAAUCAGUACUAAUAUGCUCGGAAGAAACUCCAGAGAGCCAGAAGUCAUCUACAGAGCAACAAGGUCAGCAAAUGGAAAUAAAUGUGAGACAAACAUUUGUUGAUGUAUUUCAUCAGCUGACAGGUUCAUUAUAUCCAGAAGAUGUACUUAAUAGAAACCAAAGCGCAUCCGGAAUACCGGAAAGCGCGAUACCAAACGUGGAAUCGGUACUGAAGUUAGCAGGGGAAAUUUUGAAGAUGCUGAGUGGGGGAGAGAGUAAAGAAGAUGACCCAGACCUUGGUCGGAUUCUUGUCAAAUUGAUGAACCAAAAUCAGAAUCGCAAUGAAAGCGCACCUAGUGAUACAAAUAAUGCGUUCGAUUUUGGGAACUUAAUGGCCAAUAUGCAACAAUUGAUGAGGGAAGAAAUUGAAAGGCAAGAGAGGAGAAAUCAUACUCAGGGUGCUGAGGGUUCAUCUAAUGAAAAAUAAAGAGAAAAUCACAUAGGUUUCGAUAUCAAAGCGUCAUUUGUUUUUUAAGUGUACGUGCGUCGAGACAUUUUAAAAAUAAAAAGAAUUUUCGAGGCCAGACAUUUUAACUAACAUAUGACAUACACAAAGUGCGAUUUAGUGAACGAGAGUACUACCGGUUAGUUAUCUAAUUGUUAGACAUUUGAAACUUCGUUUAAGCGUUUCAUCAUUAGACUCAAAAGUGAUUUAUAUAUGAACAUUUUUCUUGAUUAAUGCUAUUUGAUAUACUACAAUCUGAUAAACGAAAUAUUUUAUUGAGGUAUAAUUGUUUUCUUAAACAUCAUGGUUUAUAUCACAAACGCUUUAAAGGCGUCAAAUCAAACUUUUCACAAGUUAUUUAUUUCACUUCUUGCGCUUGCAUUUUUUAUUCUUAAGCACAAUACGCUAAAAGCUGAAAGCUUUAACUUAACUUAUUUCGAACCUUAGCACAGAAUACUAGCUCUAACUUAAACGUAGUAACGGCCUCAUAGGUUCGUUUGAUUUUUUUGUUACAUGAUAUCAUAUGUUUCAUGUUCUUUUGCUUAAUAAUUCUUGAAUAGCAUAAACGUUAAGAUCGAUGCAAACUGCAACGUUGAUUCGAAAGUGCUCAAUAAUAUCAACAAUAUUUUUGCGAAAGACAAUUCUAUACAUAAUAUGGCUUUUUCAUUUACGUGAUGGCCUUAGACGGGCCAAAUCACCGUGGCCAUAAACGGCCUAAGCUUCGAUCACUUGAUUGAAUAAAAGAAGCGUACGAUUUAGCAAUAUUGUUUUCAAUUCGAAUCGCAUAUGGCCGCUAUUUGAUUGACUAUAUAAACAUUAUAUCAUUCAUCAAUGGCCAAAGCAGUUAUUUAAAAUAAUACCAUAAGUCACAAAGGAUGACAUAUUUUUUCCAAUCAGAACGUUCGGUCGAUAAGUUGUCACUGUUUGUGGAUAGCAAAGAAGCGUCCGACUGGGGAUGAUUUUAAUGAGAUUACAAUUGCCAGCCAUGGUAAAAAAGAACCUGGUCGUUGACGUCGGGCCAUCCUAGCAACAGUUGCAGGCGAACGUUUUAUUUACUCGUUCUCUCGACUUAGUUACUCGUUCUCAUGAUUUAAUAUAUCGCGGAAAUGCAUAUUUAAGUUGAUUUACCGAGAUAGAUAUUCGUGGCAAUUUUAUUUGUCGUAUUCAUUUCCGUUCUACUGAUUUGUAACUCAAGGUGCAGGGUCACGUGACCUGGUGGGGUUCCCAAUUAAACGUUUAUUGAUGUUAACCCACCGGUAAGUGUUCUUAAAAAAACUUCUUUAUUAAGAAUUUCAACUAGUGCAUACACGACAUAAUUUUAUGCUGCUUAUGGAAAUUUGAAAAACAUCAAAAUAACUUAUUUUAUAAGCCUGUGCUUUAAAAAAAAAGUCCAAUUGUACUGCACGGUUAUGCUUCACACAACGUGAAAUGUUGCCACCGAUUUCAGACGUAUUCAAGAAUUGAUUCUUAUACCAUAAAAUAUCGGCACACACUGCAAGAAAAACUAUCCCAUAUGCACUAAUGAUUCUUGCAAUGUAUUUCAAAAACAUAAAAUAUUUUUAAAAAUGAAGUUCUUACCAUUUUUUGAAAUUCUGUCCAGCCCGUGUGUAAUACCCUGAAAACCACGUUGAUUCUGCACCCUGAACAAUGAAAACAAAAUAAAUGUGUUAAGGAUUCGUCAUGUACACAAUGCUUCGUGCCAUCACACAUUGCAAACUAACCUUGGGUAACGUUUAUGUGUUAACAACUUAUUUGCCAUUGUAUUUUGUGUAACAAGGAAAUAACUUUUUGCGUUCAAAUUAAUCAGCUAGAUUUGCGAUUUAGACCUAAUGAAAAUAUGAAAAUGGAGCUCACGUAAUUUAAGUUAAUUAGGGUAUUGUUUGAGGGAAAUGUUUUUUUAUGCACCCCAGUGCCCCGUUGCUUCGCUGGAACUGCAGCUGUAUAUGACACUUAAGAAUAUACUGUACCAAACUAUGACUUGACACAUACUGAUUGUGUGUGAUAUAAUCCACAAAAUAUCACCGUCUGCACAGUUAUAAUUACAACUUUGUUUGAAGUUAAAGAAACAAUUUUACAUGAAAAAUCUUGCAUUCAAUAUUCAGCAAGAAGAACUGAUAGUAAAAACCUUGCCAGUUGACCUUACGCUGUUCUUUACAUGGUGAGUUCAUCACUACAUGUAUCUUUGUAACGCAGUGGUACACAGCCCUUGUAAAUGAUAACAUAUAUAUUCUGUGAUUAUAUGUGUGAAAUCAGGUCGCGUAAUGAGCUUUAAAACUAGUCGGAUAACAAAAUGGGGGGGGGGGGGGUAACAAAUAAACCAGACGCAGGUAUGGCAAAUCUUGCUUAAAAGCAUACACAAUGUCUCAAAAUAACGGAAGUAUAUAUAUUACUUAUAAUUUAGAACUGCAAUAACACUUCGCUAUAUAAUGUUAUUGCGUGAUUUACUUAUUGUUAAAAGUAUGUUUGUUUAUCGGUUCAUUUAUUAAAGGUACAUUUAUUAUGCUUCUACGUAAU